AUGCAGAAUUGUGGCGCUCCUGCCGCGUCCUGCAGGCGCCCCGCCCCCAGCCCUGCGUCCACCACGUCUAACAGCGUAGGGCAGCAGCAGCAGCAGCACCCCGCGUCCAGGCAAGGAAGAACCAUGACCAUGGGGAACGCCAAUGAAAACGGUAGGGACCAGGGCGGGGACCAAGCUGUUCGACCCGGGCUGCGCAAGAUCGCGUCGUCCUUUGACAAGGUCAAGAGGGCGUUUACGUUCAGGAGUGACAAUAACGGCGGGAUGUCGUCCAGGCCCGGUUCUUCAUGCUCGCGCAGCGGUGUUGCAGCGGCCAGCGAGGCGUGGUCUGCGGAUCUCGGUGCGCCGGGUUGUCGGCCUGCCUGCGACGACUCCAACGUCGACGAACCGGUGAGGCAGUCGCGUGUCGGUGAAGAAGGUGAGUCUGAGAACGACGGCGCCGUGGAGCUGACGCAGGCUAACCCUCGAUUCAGCUACGACUCUGACCACGCGUCACCUUGCUAG